AUGGCUCUUAAGAAGGUUUCUUAUAGUGUACCGAAUCUGAAAACUUUAGUAAACUCUUCAAAUUCGUGUGUUUACUGCAUUGAAAAUUGUACUAGAAGCAUGACAGUAUUACCUGUGCAUCUGAAUAAUAUCAAGAGGUCUGUUAAUCAAUUGCUUAGUGAUAGAGUCACUACCUAUGAUGCUGUUUUGAAAGGAAUCAUUCUGGGCCAUAAAAAUAUUAAGGUCAUUAAUCAUGUGCAGCUGAACGAUGAUGGAAAUUUCGCUCUGGAUUAUGUUGCUGACAUUUAUAUUUUCAAACCUGAAGUUGAGAAUCAUUUGUCAGGUGAAGUUAAUAAAAAAAGUAAGGAUCAUAUUGGCGUUCUAGUUCAUUCCUUCUUUAAUGUAUCCAUCCCACGUCCACGCAAUGAUACAGAAUGCCCCAAAAAUUGGAUUGGUUUUGAUGUAAAUAUUGGCCAAACAGUAAUUUUUGAAGUUGUUAAGGUUAAUUUUUCUGGAAGAUUACCAUUCAUCAAAGGAAAGCUGAUAGACUUGUGUGAGAUUGACUUUGAGGACAGAGAUAGUGGAAUAGGGGGCCAUGAGAGCAUGGAAGAAAGCACAAUAAUGAAAGAUAAAUCCAUAAGUGAUAAAGAUGUGAAAAACAAAAAGAAGAAAAAGAAAAGGAAAUCAGAAGAUAUUUCUCAUCAAGUUUAUAACGAUAAUUUAUUAGAACAAGAUUCAAUAGAUAACAAUGAAGAGAUAGGAACGUCUGAAGCAUUGAUUGAUGCUUUAGUGCAAGAAGCUGACAAUGAACAGAAGAACUGUUCUCCUGAAAAGAAAAAGAAGAAAAAGAAAAAAAGAGUUUCCAUUGUUGAAGACGUCUCAGAAGAACCAACUAUGCCAUGCUUUAAAGAAGAAACUCCAAAGUCAAAGAAAAGAAAAUUCUCUGAAUUAGAAUCUUUUCAAGAAACUGAGCCUAAUUCCAGUUUUAAUACUGAUGAAGUUGACGAAAUUCCUGUUCCAAAAAAGAAAAAGAAAAAGAAACAUUUUGAUAGUAGUGCAAACAAUGAUGUUUAG